AUGUCACAACCAUCAGAAUACAGCACCACGGUAACAAUUAGAGUACAAGACCAACGGCUAAAAGUACAAGUGGACUCGGGUGCAGAAGUCAACGUUAUGGAUUACAAAACAUACAAAACAUUGCACAAACGGCCCCCACUGAGAAAUUCCGGGGCAAAAUUGAAACCAUAUGGAUUAAAGCCGUUGCCAGUAAAAGGAUGCUUCAAAACGAAAGUUCGAGCGAAUGGGCAGAAGGUGAAUGCAACAUUCUAUGUGACAGAGAAACCAACAUCAACUCCAAUUAUGGGCAAGUACACAGCUUUUGAUCUAGACAUUUUGAAAAUCAGUGUAAAUGAACUUCUACAAGUACAACAACCCGAAAGGGAAUUGAGCAACCCAUUGCCCGAAAAGGUGACCAAACAACAAGGGACCCAUAUGGCAUACUCAAACAUGGCGAAGCAGUUGACACCUUUAUCCAAAGUCACAGACUUUGUCACACAACUCCAUCAACAGAAAUCUACCGGCGAAUCACCAGUGUCGCAAAUAGUAAAAAAACACCCCAAAGUGUUCCAAGGCAUUGGAAAGCACAAAUAUCGUCAAGUGGAGUUAAUAAUUGAUGACUCGGUCCAACCAAAGGUUCAGGCGCAACGUAGAAUUCCAUUCCCAAAGAGACAGCAAUUUGAAGAAAUCAUUCAGGAGCUCGAGGAGGCUGACAUCAUAGAACAAGUAGAAGGUCCAACGGAGUGGAUAUCCAACGUAGUGCUGACCCCGAAAGCAGAUCCAUCACAGCUUCGAAUGAAUAUUGAUAUGACAACCGCAAACACUGCAAUAAAACGCACAAGACACGUGAUACCAACACUAGAGGAACUGAGGUAUAAACUGAAUGGUGCCACCCACUUCACUAAACUGGACAUGAAACAGGGAUACAUGCAACUGGAGCUAAAACAGGAGUCGAGAUAUAUGACAACAUUCUAUACUCAUCGCGGACUUCGACGUUUUAAACGAUUGAACUUUGGAACGAACUCAGCAGCAGAAUUAUUUCACGAAGAGAUUUCGCAAUGUCUGAUAGACAUAGACAAUGCAGAUAACCUGUAUGAUGAUAUCAUUGUGUACGGAAAGACACAACAGGAGCACGACAUAGCUCUUGCACAAGUCUUACAGAGAUUCGAAGACUGUGGAUUGACAUUGGGACUACCCAAAUGCAAGUUGGACCAGCCAGAAAUUGAAUUUUUUGGGAUGAAAUUCUCAGCAGCAGGCAUGUCACCAACGGCAGACAAGGUAAAAGCCCUAAUCGAAGCUCCAGCGCCCACAUCAAUUGCAGAGGUCCGUUCAUUCCUUGGGAUGGCCAACUACAGUGCCAACUUCAUACAACACUACUCGGAAACCACCGCACCGCUACGGCACCUAACGAAGAAAAAUGCCCGGUUUCAGUGGACGAAGGAAUGCCAGAAAGCUUUCGAGACCUUGAAACAAGCAAUGGCGAGCCCUCAAGUUAUGUCAUAUUAUGAUCCCACCAGACCAACAGAACUCAUUGUCGAUGCCUCUAAAUAUGGACUAGCCAGCAUGCUCACUCAGCUCGACCCCAAAACAGGGCAAUACAAGGUAGUUCGGUAUGACAGCAGGUCCACCACACAGCCUGAAUCCAGGUAUGCUCAAAUAGAGCUCGAGAGCGCAGCAGUCGAAUUUGCGAUCAGAAGAAACCACAUUUAUCUCUAUGGUCUACCAGAAUUCAGCGUUAUCACAGACCACAAGCCAUUACUACCGCUUUACAACAGCUACCGAGCAGACAUGCCCCCAAGAAUACACAGGCACAAGCUCAAUCUACAAGGAUAUACCUUCAACUUAAAACAUAAACCCGGGAAAGACAACCCAACCGACUACAUGUCCCGACAUCCUACCCAAAUACCAGAUUCCAGGGAACAAAAAGAACAACAAGAGGCACAGUUGAUCAAUCAUCACAUAAAGGCCAUCAUCCGAGACGACCUACCUGUGGCCGUGACACUAGAACAAAUGAAGACGGCCACAGGAAAAGAUCCAACAAUGCAACGCCUCAUCCAAGCCAUUCAAACAGGAUACAUCAGCAACCCAGACAAACAAGAGCUAAUGCCAUACUCACAUGUUUUUAAGGAACUAUCAACAGUGGAAGGACUGGUACUAAGAGGAAGUAAAAUGGUAGUCCCGGAAAGUCUAAGGAACCAAGUGGUCACACUGGCACACGAGGGCCACCAGGGAAUUGUCAGAACGAAACAAUUUCUCAGAGCAACGACAUGGUUCCCAGGAAUGGACAAACGUGUGGAGAAGGAAAUCGCGCACUGCAUGCCAUGUCAGAUCACAGUGAAAACACCACAACAGGAACCACUAAAACCUACAGUGCUACCUGGUGAGCCAUGGGACGUGCUGGCAACAGAUCUCCAUGGACCCCUUCCAACAGGGGAAUAUCUUCUGGUCGUCCAAUGUCUAUACUCGAGAUAUCCAGCGGUAGAAAUAGUUCGAUCCACCUCAGCGGAUACCUGCAUACCUGUUCUUGACAAGGUACUAUCUCAGUUUGGAAUACCUACACAAAUAACAAGUGACAAUGGGCCACCAUAUAACAGUGAAAAGUUUAGGCAAUAUGCCAAGUACAUGGGUUUUGAACACAAAAAGAAAAUACCAUAUGCCCCGUGGGCAAAUGGCACCGCGGAGAACUUCAUGAAAAACCUAGGAAAACUUAUCGAAACAGCGCAAGAGGAAAAAUUAAACUGGCGCCAAGAACUCCACAAAUUUCUGCGUGCAUAUCGAGCCACUCCACAUCCAAUGACAAAGAAAUCGCCAGCUUCUCUCCUGUUUAAUGGGAGAAAAUACAAAACAAGACUACCGACACCCACCAACAAAACCAUACUGGUUUACGACAAGGAAGUCAGGAAGAACGACCAGAUCAGCAAAAGAAAUAUGAAACUGCGAGCAGACAGCAAGAAGCAUGUCAAAACAAGCGAGAUCAAGGUCGGAGACAAAGUGCUAUGUCAACAAAAACGAGGGAGAAAACACACCCCCGCCUACAGCAAUGAAAUAAUGCGAGUCAUGAAACGAAAAGGCAGUCUGAUAGUAGCACGUGGGGAAACAAAGACGAUAACCAGACACGUCACCUUCUUUAAGAAAGUAACAGAGGACUUUGACGUAGAUACCUCGGACACCCCCUUGACAGAACUAGUACCACCCGGGAAUCAACGAAUAGUAGCAGACAUGAUUCACCCACCUGGGCAAGUACAACCAGGAAGAGAAAGACUCGAGAUCGGACUACAGAACCCGGAGGCCCUGGAGCCAAGAGAGAGAGUAUUAAGAGACGUGAAUCCAGAACCAGUACGCGAGGCCCGGCCGGUCAGAAACAGACGACCGCCAAUAAGAUUUAGGGAUGAAAACUAUGAAUAUAACUUAGAGGAAAAUUUAGAAGAGUAA